AUGGUAAAGAACAAUCCAUAUUCUGCAAUGCCUAAUUCCUUACAAAUUGGAGCAAUGAUACAGGCUUAUGCUCCAUGGGUCUAUUUUCAUCCUGACGAGCAAUACUUUCCAUCAUCGGUUUUGUGGUUUUUUCAAAAUGGUGUUGAGCUACACCAACCCGGCCGAAUUCCAAGGCCUGUGAUCAACGAUGGUGAUAACCUUCCAAAUAAUGGUGGAGCAGAUGAUGCCUUUCUAGACCUCCCAUCAGAUCAACCUAACAAAGAAAGGGUAAAGAAAGGGUUUUUGUCCAAUGCGGUAGCUUACAUACAUGUGAAAUCAGCACUAGGGGGAACAUGCACUGAUCUUGCCAUAUGGUUGUAUUAUCCUUUCAAUGGGGGAGGGAAGUUCCAAUUGGGACCUUUCACUAUAGACUUAGGAAUGAUAGGGGAGCAUGUUAGCGAUUGGGAACAUAUAACAUUAAGGGUCGAUAACUUUCAUGGGAAUCUAAGGGGGGUCUAUCUAUCUCAACAUGCUAAGGGGCAAUGGUUAACACCUAGAAAAUUUGAGCUCAUGGGUGGAACUAGACUAGUGGUGUAUGCAUCAUUGCAUGGUCAUGCCCAUUACUCUACUCCAACUUCUCAUACACAUUUGGCUAGAAACAUUGAUCCAAAGGACAUACAAAUGUUGUAUGAUGAGUUUUACAAGAUGAAUAGUUCGAGAAAAUCACCUAUUGUCAAUGGGGGAAACUUUAUAGGUUUGGUGUUAGGGAUGAUACUGCCAAAAGCAACAACGUGA